AAAACGUACAACAAGAGAGCUGUGAGUUUCAGUUUUAUUGGGGGACUGAGGACUAUAGCCUGGGAAACAGCCUCUCAGAUAGCUCUGAGGAACUGCUCUAAAGAGGGAGAGGUACGGGGGACGCUGGCUUACGUGUGAUUUAGGGGAGGGGUACCUGCACUCAAGCACACAUUUUGGUAGAAGGUUGCUCCUGGUCACAAGCAACGGAUUUCUCCGUUCACGACUUCAGUGCUUUUCUAAGUAUGAGAAGAUGUAAGAAUCCAGAUUCAUAAAAAGUUUCUAAAACAUCAUUAAUAUUGGUAACUGUCUAAGGGCUCACUUGGCCUGUUCUCCCAGAGCACAGUGUGCCCCAUCCUGAUCGUCCUCCUGAAUUCCUUCCAGGAUGUGCUGCAGGUCAGCGACUGCAGGGGCGAUGACUUGAUUCUUGUCGAACCGGGUGGGAGCGCCGUUCCUCCCGAGACCUCAGGCCCCUCAUCCUGGGGCUGGGUGGCCUCUGCCAGCUCUGCCUGCCUGCACCCUAUCAGAAGCCCUGGGUACUCUCCCAGGGCAGAGCUUCUCAAAGCCUAGUGUACAGUUCAUAGAAUACCUUCAUGGCAAUCACCUGGGAAUUUUUUUUUAAAUACAGGUUUCAGAGCCUCAAUUCUAGACUUGUUAAAUCUGGAAUUUCUGAGCAGGAGGGCUACAAAGCUGCAUUGUAAACGGCUUGCUGCUUGAGAACCACUGUCACAUGUGCAUACUUUUUUCUAAAUUGCCUUGACCUCUGAUGCUCCUUUUCUUCCUCUCCCCUCCAUCCACCCCGGUCAGGCACCAGCCUCCCAAGCCCUUUCCCCACCCCCGCCCGCACUUCCCGCAAAUGGCCAAAGGCUCCUUGUGAGGCAAUCCCUCUAUCCUUGGUGCCUCCCUUUACACGAUGAGUGAUGGCUUUUUUAUCUCCUGAUGAUGAAACACAGCCUUCAGCUGGAGGCAUUUAAGGCGCAGGACGCACAGCCGCGGCUGCAGGACCCAGAGGCCAACCCUGACGGCCCAGGAGAGGAACAGAGCCAAAAGCACCACCACCGGCCUCCACGCCUGCCCCACCACCAGGGAAUCAUGCUCCUCGCCACGUUCAAGCUGUGCGCCGGGAGCUCCUACAGACACGUGCGCAACAUGAAGGGGCUGAGGCACCAGGCUGCGCUGGCCAUCGGCCAGGAGCUGAACCGGAGGGCCCCGGGGGGCCCGACCCCAGCUGCCUGGAUUAACCAGGUUCGGAGUCACGGCUCUCUGCUAGGUUCCCAGCUGGAAGACACUCUCUACAGCGACCAAGAACUGGCCUAUAUCCAGCAGGGAGAAGAGGCCAUGCAGAGGGCCCUGGGCAUCCUCAGUCACCAGGAGGGCUGGAAGAAGGAGAGCCAGCAGGCGAAUGGGGACGAAGUGUUGAGUAAAGUGAUCCCAGACGUGGGCAAGGUGUUCCGGCUGGAGGUGGUAGUGGACCAGCCCUUGGAGAGGCUUUACGAAGAGCUCGUGGAGCACAUGGAGGCCAUGGGCGAGUGGAACCCGAAUGUCAAGGAGAUCAAGGUCCUGCAGAAGAUUGGAAAAGACACAGUCAUCACUCACGAGCUGGCCGCAGAGGCGGCAGGAAACCUCGUGGGGCCCCGAGACUUCGUGAGCGUGCGCUGUACCAAGCGCCGGGGCUCCGUGUGUGUGCUGGCUGGCAUGGCCACACACUACGGGGAGAUGCCCCAGCAGAAGGGCGUCAUCAGAGCUGAGCACGGCCCCACCUGCAUGGUGCUCCAUCCCCUGGCUGGAAGCCCCUCAAAGACCAAGCUCACCUGGCUGCUCAACAUUGACCUCAAGUUAUUUUUAGAAAGAAGGAAACUCAGGCCCAAGAAGGUAUGGUAGCUGGCUCAGGGUCACACCGCUGAGAAGACAGGGCCGAAAUCUGCCUGGACGGCAAAUCCAGCGCUUCUGACACGGUCAUGACAGCAGGGCAGUAAUGCGGUCCUCCAGCCCUGACCCUGAUCGACUGAACGGGGGCACGUACCCACAGAGCUAGCAGGCCGAGCCUAGGCAACCCACCAGGUGUGUGAUCGGGCACGGCAGCGUCUAGAGUGGAAUGUCACCCACAAGAUGGCCAAAUCCUUCCACCUUCGACUCUAGGGAUGGCUGCCGAAGACCAUCAUCAACCAGGUCCUCUCGCAGACCCAGGUGGAUUUUGCCAACCACCUGCGCAAGCGCCUGCAGUCCCGCCCCGCUCUCGAAGCCAGGUGUUGAAGACCAGCCUGCUGCCGCCAACGGCUCCCAGCCGAGCGCGCCUGCAGGCUCACGAGGAGGUCUCUGCUGGAAGCCUACAAGUCUGUUACAGAUCUUCAUCCAGGGACGGUGGGAUGGGAUGGUGGUGCGUUUCCAGUAGGAUACUAGAACUCAGAUGGGUAACAUUUUAGUACCAGGAAAGUGGGGACAAGGCUCUUUUAACUUCAUUCACUGAUUAGCUGUAAAAUGAAGCAUAGGGGUCCCAAAAUAUUUGUUAAAACUUUUUUUUUCUGGGUCCUUACUUAUCUACCUAGAAACAUCUUUAAAAUGCUACCAGUUAACGAACGCAGGGUGCAGAGGGUGCAAAAUACAAGGAUUAGGACCGCAUGCUUGAUGAGCUCAAGAGCUCCAUUCCCUGUGGGCAACGUGUGCAGACAGAGCAGGUCUUAUAUAGGGCCUCCUGAAACCCUCUGCUCCUCCACCAAGACGGUAGAGAACUGCACCAAAGAACAAGCAACUCCCACAGCAGAUACCGUCCAGAACUCUAGUUCAAAGUUAUCUUAAUGAAAAAAUACAAAACUAAUUAUCAGACUGAUUCCCCUACUUCUUCCAUGAGCAGUAGUCAGAAUAAAGAAUCAUAACUAACACAAAAACUUUAGUCUGUACCUGUUUUAAAAUUCUACUCUUAAAAUGCGUGCUAGUAAAUUGCAACUUCAUACUAAAGGAGUCAUGGAUGAAGACUUUAGUUAAACCAAGUCCCCUACCUCACUCAAAGGAAAAACUCCAGGGGACGUGGGUCAUUCAAUUAUGUAGGAUCUGUUACCAGAAUCUUUCAUAAAAAUUUAAUUU